CUGAAUCUAUAUGUCCUAUCUUGGUAAAAUGAUCUUUUCUGAUUGGUAGACAGCAGAAAACUCCUCAUCUGGGAUUGAUGCUGGGAGGGCUGUAUGAAAGCAGAUUACAUCUCUGCAUGGCAUUCACUGAUUAAUUGUUUGAAGAGCAAAGUUUCUCAUCUUGAAAUUUCCUUUAGUACAAAAUGUAUAGGAAAAUGAGUAUGUCUCAUAGAUUAGUCAAAAGAAAAAAGCUGCCACAGAGGUAAUAGGCAUCAUUUGUAUGUGGGCCAGAAGUUUAAUUAGGAUUUAGCAAAACAAAAAACUAGAGCUUUAGCCCAUCUGAUACAAACCAGAAGUGAAAGCCCUUAAACAGUUCAGGGCGGAAGGGAAUUUCAGGUUUUUUGCAAAAUGAAAAGGGAAAGAUAAUGAAUAAUUUCAGUACUAAUAAUGAAGGUGGGAAUAAAUUGCAGAAAAUAACAUAAAAGAAUAAAGCAACAAAAAUUUGCCGAAGUCUGAGGGAAAAUUAGGUAAGGAAAGUUUUAGCAAAUAAGAACUAGAAUAUGCAAAAGUAAUUCCUUUGGUACAUUUAUAGUCCUGUGAAUGAACAAGCAAAACCAAAAUCCAUAUUUUGGAUGUGAUGAUGCUGAACAGUAAUGAUCUGUAAUGGCAAGAGUCCACAUCAAAGUUCUCAGAUGACAAUAGGAGGCUUUGGAAAAUAAUUUUAAGUGUAUGACUUAAUCGGUAAUUCUUGGAGAAUUAUUAUCACUGACAGUCCAGGAACAGAUUAAUUGAGUGGACAUGCAGAAGCAGAGUUAUCAUCUGCCCGAUUUAGCUGCACUUACCUAAAGUGCAGCUUGACUCUUGCAGACAAAAUGAGGCUAGGUCAGUCAGGGUGGAAGGGAGAGGAGUGAGUCAGCCCUUGGCCAGAGGCACAAACUUGGGUUCCCACACAGAAUCACGGGGUUGGAAGAGAGCUUUAAGAUCAUGGAGUCCAACCCAUGCCCUAAAACCACCACAACUAAACCAUAGCAUCACAUCCAAUCUCGUUUUAAACACAUCCAGGGGUGGUGACUCCACCGCCUCCCUGGGCAGACCAUUCCACAACUUUAUCACCUUUUCUCUAAAAAACUUUUUCCUAAUAUUCAACCUAUAUUUUCCUUGGCACAGCUUAAGACUGACUGAGUCCUCUUGCUCUGUCACUUGCUGCCCAAUGGAAACAGCAUUUCCAUGUGCCAGCAGUGCUUGCUGAAACCAAGAAAUCUUUACCAGCAGCACAGCACCACCAGGAGUAGUGUGGAGAAGAUGAUGAGGAAAUAAAUAUCCAGGGGAAGCUGGUUCACCUCAGCACCUCAUUGUCUCCCAGAACUCCCUGUGACUAUUCCCCACAGGCCUCCCAGCAAAAGGAAGAUUUUAAUUGCUAUGAGGAAGAAGGAGAAAAAGCAAGAUGGAAAUGAGAAAUGCAAGUGCUUGCAGAUACUUGCAGGUACUCACUAGUCCAUAAUGGGAGAAGACUGCAAAAGGCAUUAACAAUGCCCUUUUUCCUUUUCCCAGCAUAAUUCAGAUGGGAUUAUGGCAGUGCUUAGGUGAGUUCACUGCUCUGAGCAUGUGGGGAGCUGUGAUCCCUGGUCUCUCUUCUUCUGUUUUACUGAUGUCCUUCUAAGGCAUUUUGUUUUUCUUUCCAGCUUUCCGAAUGUGAUUUUAUUACGUACAGAGGUGACUUCAGACUUAGAAAUCUGCAAAGUCUGGUCUGGAAUGUCUCGGCACAUCUACAGACAGCUCUUGAAGAAGAAGGCAGUGGAUAUCGGAUUUGGGAGUUUUGCGGUUAUCCCAGUGCAUGCCAAUGUGGCAGAGGGCAAGGUUUUGCCUGUUGAGAGACCUAUGUUCAUUAUGAACAAGACUCUGAAGAUGUUUUACAACCUUGAGGCUGAUGAGACCAAAAUUCCUGAGGACAUCCCUGUGGUUCAGCCAGACUUUGAGGACAUCGCUGCACACAUCCACUUUCGCCGCGAAAUUGUGGAGCAGUGCGUACAGGAGACCCUGCUUUACUUUGCUGGGGCCCUCCGAGAAAACAAAGAGGUGGAAUUCAACUUCAGGACCAUCGGUAUCCUUGCUGUGCGUAAAAAGGUGGUCACCAUGACCUUCUUUGAUAGCUGCGUGCUGGAGAUGGAUACAACAGGGAACAUGCUGACAGCCCUUCUCGAGGACCCCGACAUGAUGAGUGCUGUUGCCUUUCCGGGCCAAAACAAUUUUAGUCGGGUCAGUCAAGACGAGGUUGUCAUACUGCCAAGCUUUGUGGCCGAGGCCCCUCACCAGCCAUCGGACCGGCUGGUGUCCCUGAAGCCCAGGAGAGAGUCAGCACCGUGGGGUGGGGGCUGCCGCAGAGUGAGUGUGCUGGAUCCCGUGUUCCUGGCUCGGAAGAGGGUUUCUCAGGCCAGUCAGCAGUCGGCAGAAACGGAUCACGGUAGAGACAAGGAAGCUAUCCUGGGGUACCUGCCUGCAAUCCUGGAGAGGACCCAUGUGAUGAAGCGCCCCACCUCUCCAACUCAGCAGGGCCUGAAGGUCUCUGCAAGUGCUGCCCAACGCUCAAAAGAGGGGAAGCACCCCAUCUUUACUGAGAAGGAAGAAAGAGAGCUGCAGCUGCUGCUGGCGUCCAAGCGCCAUGAGGUGGAGGCAGACGUGUAUCGCAAAUACUUUGGCAACCGAGCAGCCACUGAGCGAGGAAAGACCUCCUGUCCCUACGUGUUUGAGGAUCCCUAUCGCCCUCCCCAUGUCCUGAGGAAGGCCUACGCUGAGAAGCUGAAGGAGAUGAGGCAGCAGCAGGAGGAGGAGUCUCAGCUCUCUGGGAAAGUUCUGGAAGACAAGGGUGUGCAGACAGGUCUGUUGGAACGCUGAGGAGAAGGCCCAGCAGCUGCCAGCCCUGCCAGCAAGCUGCAAGCAGCCCUGCAGAGACAAUUGUCACAGAAUUCCUCCUUUCCAACUGGAGAGCUGCCAGGAUUGGG